GGGAAACGCAAAAUACUUUUAACAGGAAGUACGAGACACACUUUUCUCAUUUAGAAGACCAGAGAGAGAGAAACAGAGAAAAGCAGAGGGAGAGAGAAAGAGACGAGGAAGUAGAAAGUGAAGAGAGUUUGGGUUUAGAUAGAAGAAGUUGUUGAAGGAGAGACAGAGAGAGAGAGAUGGGUAAGAACAGAGGUUUUGGUCGGAUUAAGGAAGAACGGAAGAACUUGAGCUUCUUCAAGAUUUUCCAGGGUGCAGAUUUAUCCUCCGAAUGCAUGAGAGCGCUUCCGUACAGCUUCAUGAAAAGCAUCUCUAGCAGAGAGUUUACCUACAAGAUGGUGAUAAGAGCGCAGUGGGGAAGCUCAUGGGAAGUAGCUAUCUCCAAGAACCCGAGAUUCCACUACAUGGACAAGCUUGGGUGGAGCCAGUUCGUGAGCGACAACGCCUUGGGAGAAAACGAGUUCGUUACCUUCACUCACACAGGACACAUGUGCUUCAACGUCAACUUCUUCGAGCAGAACGGCAAGGAGCUUGUCGUUCCUAGAAAGCCCCCGUCAAUGGCUCCUUCCAGUGGGAUCAAGAAAGAAGAAGGUGAGAGCAGCUACAUGAAUGUGAAGAAGGAAGAUGAAACGGGUGAAUCUGUGGGAGGAGUUGAGCUCGACGCCAGAAAGAGGAAGGCUGUGGAAUCCAAAGCAUCCAAGAUGAAGAAGAGCAAGAGCAAGAAAGUGGUGACUUCUGUGGAAAUAGGUGAAUCUUCACGAGAAGCUGAGUACAAAUUCAAAACAUCCAUGAAGAAGAAGAGAAAGAUAGAGAAAGUGACGAAUGGUGUUCCAACCUUCAAAAUCACCGUAAGGAAAUCAUACCUCAAGUUCCUGGCAAUCCCAAAGCGUUUUGAGGAGAAGCAUGCCCCUAAUGAGUCUAAGGUGUUCACGAUACAUCACUCGGAAGGGAAAGGUUCAUGGAAGGUGCUUUGCUUGGUGAGGCAGGCUCGGACAAUCUUCUCAAGUGGGUGGUCGAAGCUUGCAAGAGAGUUCCCUUUAAACAUCGGUGACAGGUGCACCUUCCAGCUCAUCGAACCCACCGAGCUUCUCCUUACCAUCAAGAAGGACAGAUAAAGGAGAGAUCACUAUGAUUGACUGAUGCAUGAAUGUGUUAAGUGUCUUGCUUUCUUAUAAUCUAUGGAGACAAUAUGAUAAGUUUAGCUAUUGUGUUUGUUUUCUGUGUGCUGUGUUUGUUUCCUUGAGACUUUAAACUGGCUUUUAUCUGUUUUAUAACAUUAGUGUUGAGACUUUAUGCAGAAUCAAUGUUUCAGUAACAAAGUUGUUUAC